ACCGCGGACUGUGCACACACUGCCGAGUGUGGCUUGUUCAGCAGGUCUGUCUGUGUUUGGUGACCCGUUUCAUUGUAGCGCUGACAAAACAUAGUCAUGACGAAGCUGUGCGUUCAUAAAAGGAGGACCAUUGUACUGUCAGCGUGGUGCUGUUGAGUGACCAGAGUUCACCAUGUUUGAGGACGACCCUGAGGACGAACCCUGUGACCUUGUCCCCUUCAUAGGUCGAGACGAGGAAAGGGAGGCAAUCAAGAAGAUGCUCGGUCACUCUACGAGGGCUGUUCAACUUCUUGGACCACCCAUGGUUGGGAAAAGCUGUUUGGCAGAAAAGAUCUCCCACGAGCUUCAGGACGAGAUGGCGGCGAAAGAUAAGAAGCUGAUGUGCUACCACAUGUCCUGUGUGGACGUCAUGACCUAUGAUGACCUCCUCGCGCGUCUCAGUGCUGGCUUGGAACUGCACACAACUGCAACGUCAGACACGUCACUGGUCAACAGCUUCAGAAAGAUCGCUACCGAUGACCCCAAGUGUUCCCACUUCUUCGUCUUGCUGAAGUGUGAAAGCUUUCACAGAAUCGGACUUCACGUACAGUUUCUGGAUCUAGUCAAGAAGCUCAUGGAGGCUUCAAAACGAGCAUUCGCCAUCAUAACAACCCAGAAAGCUUUCAACUUCCCUCCAGCAAAACAAGUGUCAAUCAAACCCCUUUCUCCUCAAGACAUGGUGACGUUGGUGAAACGCUGUGCUCCUGACGUUAACGUUGACCCGUACAGGGAAGCCAUUGAGAAACACUGCAUGGGGUUACCUCCCUUAGCUAUGGACGCUGCCCAUGAGUUGGUCAAGGCACAGGGGAUUCCUCUGUCUCCUCACGAAUUUGAAGAGCUCCUCUCCGGGACAAACAGGUCAAAGCGAAUCCAUUCAACAAAUGACGUUUUGAAUUCUGCAGCUUUACGUCAGUUCGAAGGCCUUAAUGACUUCUUGAAGCAGAGGAUAUUUGAUAUUUCAAUAUUCAAAGGAUCCUUCCGUGUGGACCAUAUCCUGAAACUCCUUGGCAACAACCAAGCCGAAGCCAAAGCUCAGCUCAUAGAGAUGAGGAACUCCGGGGUCGUGGAGCUGGAAAAUGGCGGACAACGAAUGCACCUUCAAACCGUUAUCAGCCAUUACGUCCGGAAUAUCAUGGGGAACCAUAUCAAAUACAGCGACACUGUCCGACUGCAGUUUGUGACAUUGUUUCUGGACGUCCUGAAGAAAGCGGACACGGAGUUGUUCGUGAAGCCCCAGCAGACCGUGUUCGGAUACCUCCACGAUGAUUGGCCCAAUCUGAGACAGGUCCUGGAGCAAGCAAUACACUGCACAGAACACACGUACCCUGCCUUCCUGCAAGUUGCCAUGUCAGCCGAGAACCUGCUGGUGAAGUGUUUCCCAGGAGAGGCGGUCCAAUUCUACGAAGCCAUGAUGUGGUCCGCCACAAGAUUCGGGAAUACAGAAGAAUGUGCCACGCAGAAAUGGCUGCUUGGCAUGGCGAAAACUCUCGGCAAAGGAACAGACUUAGUGGAGGCGAUGGGGCUAUUCAAAGAGGCGCUUCCGGUCCUGCGCAGAGGGAACACACCCGAGGCGCUGGUGUCAGUCAUGGCGGACAUGGGCCUCAACUACUGCCGCCAGGGCAAGAACACCAAGUCGAGAAACUUCUAUCUGGAGGCAUUAGAGGAGUCAGGCCGCUGCCAUGACGGACGGAAACUGACCAACAGAAUCAUCAACGUCAGGUGCUAUCUGGCGAUACCCAUGAUAUUCCUAGAACACUAUGACGAAGCCGAGACGUUGCUGAAGGAGACUCUAGCGGAGUCGGAGAAGGUGGCGCCUUGUCAUCCCUCCAUCCCUGUCAUGAUUAACAGUCUCGGACUCAUCUAUGAGAGAGCAGCCGGAAAAGACGACGACGAGGCGCUACGAUACUACUCUGCAUCGCUCUAUGAACGUCGGAAGUAUGCUGACGUGGCUCCUGGCGACCUCGUUGUGGUGCUCAACAACGUUGCUAUGCAACACUCAGUAGAUCGAACCUAUCUUGCCUCCAAUCCAGGUUCCAUUCUUGACAUAUAUGAACAUACCGGUAUUUUUGAAGCAGCCGGAAAAGACGACGACGAGGCGCUACGAUACUACUCUGCAUCGCUCUAUGAACGUCGGAAGUAUGCUGACGUGGCUCCUGGCGACCUCGUUGUGGUGCUCAACAACGUUGCUAUGCAACACUCAAAACGAGGCAACCAUGACUACGCCCUUCAGCUUUUGUCAGAGGCGAGAGACAUCAGGAUGAAGCUGGACAGGAUCAACUACCAUACGGCCCUCACGUGUUGGAAUAUGGGACAGGUGUACGCUAGAAAAUGUUACUUUGAAAAUGCACUGUUGGAAGUACGAGAUGCUCUGGAGAUCUUCAAGAAGUGCACCAAGUCUCACUUCGUCAUUGUGGAGGUUCUGUUUCUGGCGACACAUCUGGCUGCAGCCCUGGGUCACUAUGAGGAUGCGGAGGAGUACCUCAAGGAAGCAGUGGCAUUCGAGGACAAGUACCGUGAACAUCUCCCAACUGGGGCUCACACACUGAUGGUCCUUCAGCAUCUUCUCAUGGUCUACCUGGGCUGGAAGAGGAAGAGCUCCCCUGUCCUUGACAGAGCUGUAGCUGAAGCAAACCGGCUCGCCGAGCUGAGCAGGAACACAGAAGCAAUGGACAAACACGUGUCCUACUUGCGCCAGACGGCGGCUCUGUAUAGAGUCAGAGCAUCACUCGACCAACAGACGGUCUCCAAUGAGAUGUUGGAAGAAGUAUUGACCGAGAUGAGCGGGUUUUGUUUUGUGUGUGAAGACCUGAACUCAAGAAAUGUGGACAUGGUCAGUGUGUUUCGUAGAAUGUCAACAACUGUGACUGGGGCUUUGGCCAGCUUUGAGACUUUACUCAGAUCAGAGGCUAUGACAACUGCUGUAGAUUUGCUUAAAAAAGUCUCAGGAAGAUCUGAGAGUCCACCAAGUUCUCCUACUGUAUCCGACCCUCCAGCCUUCUCGUUUGACAAACUACGUGGGCAGUAUCAAGAGAGCAGUAUUGCCUCACCAUAUUACUACGAACAAGAAAGCUGUCAACAUGCAAAGGAAGACAGGCACAACUGUACAAUGCAGACACCCAAUUCGGCUACUGAGACAAGUAAUGCUUACAUCCCCCAAUGUCCAACUGAAACCAAUCCCCACUGUUAUACGAGAGUGUCACCAGAGGAGAGCAGACCGUACUCCAUCAAUCACGAGUUCCCUUUUGGGCAAGUACGCCCUGGCAGCUUCAUGGGGUCGGUUCCUAAACGAGGUGAUUCCUCUCAAGAGAAAACCUCUGGUUCGUUAGGGGUAGAUAUAAAUAUGCUAAACAGAGAUACCUCCACGGCCGUUGAGGACAGCAAGGGCAGGAUGCAUCAAGCGGCUGCAUGUAAACUUGAAAAAAUGAAGGAACUUGAUGACUCUUUUCGAUGCUCAUCCCCGAAGCCCAACGACCGGUGUUCAUUUGAUCCUAGUCUUAGAUAUCCCCCGAACUUCAACUUCCCAACUAUUGAUCAUUGGCAGUCGAAUGAUUCCGACACAUCAGCAUCUCAGAUACCCUCCUGGAAAACCACCCAUCACAACACAGUUGACGGUUCGCUGAAAACUAGUCUCCCUCAGAGUCACUUCCACAACAGAUAUAAAGAGGCUCUUACCCAUUUACAGAAUUCCAAAAUUGCGGAGGAGAAUGUUCCCCGACAAGCUUCCUCAAUGGACAGACCAGGCCGUGUCAUCGGUGGUGGAAUCCUGCAUGGUGGAAUUGGGGGCAGUAGGGUUGCAGCAGCUUAUGAUAGACAAGUACAGAAGCGUAUGUCAUCAUCUCCGAGUUCCAGCUCGUCCGGCGUGUGCAGCAGGAGUGCCUCGGAACACGACGAGAGAAGGCACGAGAACACAGCCUAUUGCACUCAGGCAGGCUGUUUGUGUUCCCUGAAACACCGGAAGUAGCCACCAGUGCAUAGCAGCUGUAUCCGUGUCACGAGUGAAGUGAAACUUCAAUUACUGUUAUCUCACACUGAACAUUCACUCGAAGAUCUGUGUUGUUAAUCCUGCUGGAAGUGUAACUUCAAUCGCUGUUAUCUGACAACAGACAUUCACUCGAAGAUCUGUGUUGUUAAUCCUGCUGGAAGUGUAACUUCAAUCGCUGUUAUCUGACAACAGACAUUCACUCGAAGAUCUGUGUUGUUAAUCCUGCUGGAAGUGUAACUUCAAUCGCUGUUAUCUGACAACAGACAUUCUUUGAAGAUAUGUGCUGUUAAUCCUGCUGGAAGUGUAACUUCAAUCGCUGUUAUCUGACAACAGACAUUCAUUGAAGAUAUGUGCUGUUAAUCCUGCUGGAAGUGUAACUUCAAUCGCUGUUAUCUGACAACAGACAUUCAUUGAAGAUAUGUGCUGUUAAUCCUGCUGGAAGUGUAACUUCAAUCGCUGUUAUCUGACAACAGACAUUCAUUGAAGAUAUGUGCUGUUAAUCCUGCUAGAAGUGUCACUUCAAUCACUGUUAUCUCACACUAAACAUUCACUCGAAGAUCUGGUCUGUUAAUCCUUCUGGAAGUGUAACUUCAAUCACGGUUGUCUUUUACUAAACAUUCACUUGAAGAUCUGUGCUGAUAAUCUUAUCAGAAGUGUAACUUCAAUCGCUGUUAUCUCACACUAAACAUUCACUCGAAGAUCUGUGCUGUUAAUCCAGCUGGAAGUGUAACUUCAAUUUCUGUAAUCUCGCAAUGAUCAUUCACUCGAAGAUCUGUGCCGUUAAUUUUACUGGAAGUUUUAACUUCAAUUACUGUUAUCUCGUAGUAAUCAUUCACUCGAAGGUGUGUGAUGUUAAUCUUGCUGGAAGUGAAACUUCAAUUACUGUUAUCUCCCAAUAACCAUUCCCUCGAAGAUCUGUGCUGUUAAUCCUGCUGAAAGUGAAACUUCAAUUACUGUUAUCUCGCAAUAAUCAUUCACUACGAAGAUGUGUGCUGUUAAUCCUGCUGGAAGUGUAACUUCAAUUACUGUUAUCUCACACUAAACAUUUACUCGAAGGUGUGUGAUAUUAAUCUUGCUGGAAGUGAAACUUCAAUUACUGUUAUCUCGUAAUAAUCAUUCACUCAAAGGUGUGAGCUGUUAAUUUUACUGGAAGUGUUACUUCAAUCACAGUUAUCUCACACUAAACAUUCACUCGAAGAUCUGUGCUGUUAAUCCUGCUGGAAGUGAAACUUCAAUUACUGUUAUCUCGCAAUAAUCAUUCACUCGAAGAUCUGUGCUGUUAAUCCUGCUGGAAGUGUAACUUCAAUUACUGUUAUCUCGCAAUAAUCAUUCACUACGAAGAUGUGUGCUGUUAAACCUGCUGGAAGUGUAACUUCAAUUACUGUUAUCUCACACUAAACAUUUACUCGAAGGUGUGUGAUAUUAAUCUUGCUGGAAGUGAAACUUCAAUUACUGUUAUCUCGUAAUAAUCAUUCACUCAAAGGUGUGAGCUGUUAAUUUUACUGGAAGUGUUACUUCAAUCACAGUUAUCUCACACUAAACAUUCACUCGAAGAUCUGUGCUGUUAAUCUUGCUGGAAGUGAAACUUCAAUUACUGUUAUCUCCCAAUAACCAUUCCCUCGAAGAUCUGUGCUGUUAAUCCUGCUGAAAGUGAAACUUCAAUUACUGUUAUCUCGCAAUAAUCAUUCACUACGAAGAUGUGUGCUGUUAAUCCUGCUGGAAGUGUAACUUCAAUUACUGUUAUCUCACACUAAACAUUUACUCGAAGGUGUGUGAUAUUAAUCUUGCUGGAAGUGAAACUUCAAUUACUGUUAUCUCGUAAUAAUCAUUCACUCAAAGGUGUGAGCUGUUAAUUUUACUGGAAGUGUUACUUCAAUCACAGUUAUCUCACACUAAACAUUCACUCGAAGAUCUGUGCUGUUAAUCCUGCUGGAAGUGAAACUUCAAUUACUGUUAUCUCGCAAUAAUCAUUCACUCGAAGAUCUGUGCUGUUAAUCCUGCUGGAAGUGAAACUUCAAUUACUGUUAUCUCGCAAUAAUCAUUCACUCGAAGGUGUGUGAUGUUAAUCUUGCUGGAAGUGAAUCUUCAAUUUCUGUUACCUCUCAAUAAUCAUUCACUCGAAGAUGUGUGAUGUUAAUCCUGCUGGAAGUGAAACUUCAAUUACUGUUUUCUCGCAAUAAUCAUUCACUCAAAGAUGUGUGCUGUUAAUCCUGCUGGAAGUGUAACUUCAAUUACUGUUAUCUCACACUAAACAUUCACUCAAAGGUGUGUGAUAUUAAUCUUGCGAGAAGUGAAACUUCAAUUACUGUUAUCUCGCAAUAAUCAUUCACUACGAAGAUGUGUGCUGUUAAUCCUGCUGGAAGUGUAACUUCAAUUACUGUUAUCUCACACUAAACAUUUACUCGAAGGUGUGUGAUAUUAAUCUUGCUGGAAGUGAAACUUCAAUUACUGUUAUCUCGUAAUAAUCAUUCACUCAAAGGUGUGAGCUGUUAAUUUUACUGGAAGUGUUACUUCAAUCACAGUUAUCUCACACUAAACAUUCACUCGAAGAUCUGUGCUGUUAAUCUUGCUGGAAGUGAAACUUCAAUUACUGUUAUCUCCCAAUAACCAUUCCCUCGAAGAUCUGUGCUGUUAAUCCUGCUGAAAGUGAAACUUCAAUUACUGUUAUCUCGCAAUAAUCAUUCACUACGAAGAUGUGUGCUGUUAAUCCUGCUGGAAGUGUAACUUCAAUUACUGUUAUCUCACACUAAACAUUUACUCGAAGGUGUGUGAUAUUAAUCUUGCUGGAAGUGAAACUUCAAUUACUGUUAUCUCGUAAUAAUCAUUCACUCAAAGGUGUGAGCUGUUAAUUUUACUGGAAGUGUUACUUCAAUCACAGUUAUCUCACACUAAACAUUCACUCGAAGAUCUGUGCUGUUAAUCCUGCUGGAAGUGAAACUUCAAUUACUGUUAUCUCGCAAUAAUCAUUCACUCGAAGAUCUGUGCUGUUAAUCCUGCUGGAAGUGAAACUUCAAUUACUGUUAUCUCGCAAUAAUCAUUCACUCGAAGGUGUGUGAUGUUAAUCUUGCUGGAAGUGAAUCUUCAAUUUCUGUUACCUCUCAAUAAUCAUUCACUCGAAGAUGUGUGAUGUUAAUCCUGCUGGAAGUGAAACUUCAAUUACUGUUUUCUCGCAAUAAUCAUUCACUCAAAGAUGUGUGCUGUUAAUCCUGCUGGAAGUGUAACUUCAAUUACUGUUAUCUCACACUAAACAUUCACUCAAAGGUGUGUGAUAUUAAUCUUGCGAGAAGUGAAAUUUCAAUUACUGUUAUCUCCCAAUAAUCAUUCUGUCGAAGAUGUGUGCUGUUAAUCCUGCUGGAAAUGUAACUUGAAUUACUGUUGUCUUGUACUACACAUUCAAUAGAAGACAUGUGCUGUUAAUUUUACUGGAAGUUUUAACUUCAAUUACUGUUAUCUGAUAUAUGAGAGUGAUACCGGUACAGCCGGAUUUAUACCUUCCAUGACCUGCUUUAUGUAUAAUCUUACAUGUGAAGGAUAAACAUAUCCUAUAUGUCUAAUUAUUGAUUGAGGCGGUGUAACCUGACUGUUCUUCAGCAACCCAUGCUUGUCGUAAGAGGCGACUAACGGGAUCGGGUGGUCAGGCUCGUUGACUUGGUUGAUGCAUGUCAUCGUAUCCCAAUUGCAUAGAUCGAUGCUCAGUAUGUCAUAUCACUGGAUUGCCUGGUCCAGACGCGAUUAUUUACAGACUGUCAUUAUAUAGCUGGAAUAUUGCUGAUUGCGGCGUUAAACAAACAAACAAGCAAAUAAGUUGACUGUAUUUUGGAAGAAAGAUCCUACUUCUGUCAGCCCCCGGAGCCUGAUAAACCUGUUUCUUGAAUGAACUUGAAAUGAAUUGAGUGCAUUGAAAAGUGCAUACUGCGAACCAAGGAAACCAUUUGUGCCAAUGACUCACGCAACUAAACUAUCUAAACGUUUACGUGUGCCAGUGUCACGUGACACUGAAGCAUCUAAGUCACGUGUGCCAAUGACACGUGCGAAAAGAAGAACCCUGCAACUUGCGUCAGCAACGGGGCAAACUGAAGAGGUAAACAGGUAACCAACGAAGACGUGCAACGGUGACAGGUCCAACUUGUUUCAGCGACAGAUCCAACUUGUUUCAGUGACAGAUCCAACUUGUUUCAGUGACAGAUCCAACUUGUUUCAGUUACAGAUCCAACUUGUUUCAGUGACAGGUCCAUCUUGUUUCAGUGACAGGUCCAUCUUGUUUCAGUGACAGAUCCAACUUGUUUCAUUGACAGUUCCAACUUGUUUCAGUGACAGGUCCAUCUUGUUUCAGUGACAGAUCCAACUUGUUUCAGUGACAGAUCCAACUUGUUUCAGUAACGUACGACUUGUCACAGAUAGGUGCAGCUAUGUAACCAAUGCUUGCAAAUUGUGCCGAUCUCCCGUGCACCUGUUAAAGGGUACAACUUGACAUGUGUGACAAGAGGGACUAUAGAACAGGUCUUGCCCAAAAUAUAUGUGCAAACAAGAACCCAAACGUGAAGGUAUUUCAUUGAAAUGUGCAAGUUGUGUAGAAUUGGCCACUAGGGUGAUCACUGAGUUGUACGGUGUUGUCAUGGUUACCAGUAUCCAAGUGUUAAUAUAUACGCAAUACCAUGUUGACAACGGGCAUGUUCUAAGACGCUACGGGUGACUAGACACAGAACUGUCAAGCAUGAGUUGAGAAAAUAUGUAGUCAGUUUUAUAAACCUCUUGUGACGUCAUCCUAUUAUUUUUUUCCAAAACACCCUCCUGUCCCUAGGUAUUCUACAGAAAGCAUUCCGGCCCAGUGGUGUUAGAAAAUGUCCCUCGCUAUAGAUCUGUGUACAUUUCAGAUAUAUCUACUUCAGGUUAUAUGCAGAAUGAAUCAAAAUCAAGCGACGAAUGUCUUCUAUAUAUUUCAGUUGAAAUUGCAACAUUCGUAUUCGUAGCCAAGUGAGUGAAACACGUGGGUAUAGAGACGCCUAUCAAUCACAAUGCUUUCAAGAAUCUCUUUUUAAAGAAUAUUUAUUAUGUCGGUCACUAAAGUUGAUGGAAAGUGUGUUUGAAACAAAAUGUGUUUAUUGAAAGUGCUUAAAACAAAAAAUUAAUGAUA